CACAAAACACACUGCGCUUGCGUAAUUUUAUGCACAUUAGGGUCUUUAACAUAACAGUUUCCCACGGCCGCGGUCAGCCACGAGAACGGUUUUUGUCAAUGACUGAUCGCAGUCUAGUCAUGGAUUCUCAGGAAAAGCGUAUAUCGGAGCUGCUUAAUAGUAUCCAGGGCUGCAAUUUACACGCAGCAGAUGAAGACGGUGCCGAGUGGAAGAAACUUAUUGCCGAUUAUUUCAUACACAAUACAUCGAGCGACUCUGAAUCUGAAUCUGAUUAUGAUAGUGAUACCGAGAACGACGAGGCGAACGACGAGCGCGAGGCGAACAGUGACACUGGUGCUGACGACGAUGAACGAGAGAUCGAGAACGAUCAGCAUGACGAGGUGCACAGCUUACAUGUACCAAAUCCGCAAAUCCCACUUGUGUGUUUUGACAUUGACGAUGGCAACACCAACACUGACCAAGAGUUGCAUGUUGGAGAAAGAAUUGCAUGCGAGGAAGCCAACAAUUCAGUCAGUGAACAUUAUGAAACUGAGAAAAGAAAAGUAGAAAGCUUUAAAUGUGCCUCCAAAAGUGAAGCAUGUCAUCAAGCCUUCAGCAGUGAAGCAAUUCUGGCAUCGCGUCUGGAGCUUCGUGUGUUUAACGAAGCUGAGAAGGACUUGCUUGUGAUGGGGGCCAUCCAGGGACAUACAAACCGCUCCAAAAUGACGACAGCACUCAAACAUACGCCUUCAACCAGGAAGCGUGCCCACACUGAGUACUUUGUUAGAGGGAAAAAAGUGUGCCGAGAACGUUUCAUGUUUAUGUUUGCCAUUAGCAAAAAUAAACUAUCAGCAGUGCAAGCGCACUACCAGGAGAAUGGCAUCAGCUCUAGAAUCAAGACUACCAAGAGGAAACAACGUAAAUCAGCCCUGUCAUUCGAAGAUAUCCAACGGAUCGUGGUGUUCUUGCAGAACUACGCCUCAACGCAUGCUAUAAUGCUCCCAGGCAGGGUUCCAGGCCACAAAAGGGACGAGAUCCUCUUGCUGCCAAGCAAUACUACAAAAGCCAGUGUACACCGAGUGUACAAGAACAUCAUGAAAACGGGUGGAUACAGAGUUGUUGCCCCUACAUCCUUCAGGGACAUCUGGAGGGAGCUGUGUUCGCACAUUAUCAUCACCAAGCCAAUGACAGACCUGUGCCCCACGUGUCAAGAAAACAACAGCUCCAUCAUAAGGUCAGCGAACAUGAGUGAAGAAGAAAAGGGAGAAAAGCUGAAGGAGCAAGAGAAGCACCUUCUGACGGCUACCAAGCAGCGUUCCCACUACACGUCACAAGUUCAGCAAGCCAAAGCAGCGCUGGAUGGUCAGCGCUUUGAUACUGCAGACAAGUCAUCACCCCCUGCAACUGCACACUACUCAUUUGACUUUGCUCAGCAAGUUCACUUUCCCCAUAAGCCUCUUCAACCAGGGCCGAUAUAUUUCCUAACGCCUCGGAAGUGUCUAAUAUUUGGUGUAUGUGCUGAAGCCAUCCCGCAACAGAUAAACUACCUGAUGGGUGAGAGUUUUGUCAUUGACAAGGGAUCCAAUCUGGUUAUCAACCUCCUUCACCACUUCUUUGGUCAACACAGUUUGAUGGAAGCAUCGGUUAAUUUACACUGCGGCAAUUGUAGUGGCCAAAAUAAAAAUAGGUUUCUUCUUUGGUACAUGCCAUGGCGGGUGAUCAACAGCCACCACCACUCCAUCACACUCAACUUUCUCUUGACUGGACACACCAAGUUUGCACCGGAUUGGUGUUUUGGUCUGUUGAAGAAACGUUACCGUGUGACUGAUGUGUCCAGUCUAGAUGAGUUGUGUGAUGUUGUGCGCACAAGUUCACUGACCAAUCUUAAUGUACCCCAAUUAGUUGGGAAGGAGGAUGGCAGGCAGUUUGUUCCUCAGUAUGACUGGCACUCAUUUCUUGGCCCCUACUUCAAGACUCUUCACGGUAUCAAGAAGUAUCACCACUUUAGAUUCACGUCAGAUGCACCAGGCUGCGUGUAUGUCAGAGAAUUCGCCGACUCAGAGGAGGAGCGUUUUCAUCUUCUCAAGGCCAAUGCAGUGCCUCCUCGUGAGUUGCCACAAGAGAGGGGCAUACCUGGGCUUUCUACAGCCAGACAGUGGUACCUCUACAACAACAUCCGUCGGUUUUGCUCUGAUUCUACCAAGGAUAUCACAUGUCCCCUUCCAAGUUUGCCGCGACCACAGGCUGUACCCGAGGAGUAAAUCCAGUGAGCAGUCCAGCAUCUAAUGCCAAUCUAGUGCCAAACAUUUUUGUUUCUACCCAAAAUUGUGUACAUGUAUCUUAUUUUAAAUGAGAAAUAUAUAAUUAUAAAUACAAUUGAAAUUCUGCCAUAGGUGACUUACUGGUAAUCACACAACAGUCAUUUCUUACAGAUAUUUGCUUUCACAGGGAUGACUCAUUUCCUAAUUUUGACCAAAAUCCAUGUUUUGUGACCCAUUUGUAAUGUUAUUUUAACUAAUUUAAUUUGUGCAAUACGUUUUCCAUAUUAAGGAAAAACAUCCUCUGUGUGUGUAUAUUAAAUGUGGUGUGCAAAUGUUUAAGAAUGUGCAUGGUCUCUAUGGAGUUCUGAAUGUAAACAGAAUUUUACCCAAAAUGGCUCUUUUUAAGUGAGAAAGUUAUAAAUAUUGCA